AUGGAUGUAGAGCAAAAACAACCUGAAAAUGCAUAUUGCUUAUAUAAGACAAACUUUGAUGAAACAAGAGUAAGCUCCAAGACAAGCAGCAGCAGUGGCAGUGCCAUGAAGAGUCCUACCGGAAGCUGCAACGGUAGUAUUAGCGGCGGCGGCCAUAGCAACGCAAGUAUAAGCUAUGAUGCCGACGCGAAGAACAAAGGGGGAAACGGAGACAGCCGAGGUGAAGCCAUAGAAAAUUACAUAACGUCAUAUGAUGAAAACGAAGACUCAGAAGAGAAGUAUACCAACCAUGAACUUUCAGAAAAAAACAUCACUGAUAGCACAUCAAAUUUGAAUAACUCUUUCGACCCCAUAAAGUUCCAAAAUGAAUACAACAGAAAUGGAAUCGUCCCCAUGAAGUGGGAUUAUAAGAACGAUGGAGAAUUACCUCAUGGAAUUUUAUCCACCCCAGAUGGAACUAAUAAUAAUGUGUAUCUGAGGGAGCAUAGAGAACUGAAAGGGAAUGAAAAUCUGACAAAUUAUGAUAUGCCCCAAGACAUAGAGGAAACACGGAAGUAUCUCUACACCAGUAAUGAGGCUGGGGAGUUAUUAACCAUGUAUGGUAUUAAGAGUAAAGAAAAUUUUGAGAUUGUCCAGGAUGGUACGCAACAAAUGUCAACCAUGUUUUCUUGUGAGGAGAAUCGUAACACAUAUGCCUCGACGAGCAGUGCGAAUAGCAAUGAGAGGAGCACUGUGGAGGCCAGCAGCACGGGGAGGCAGCCGAUUGAAAAUGUUCUUAUUGGACGAACGGCACAGAGUUGUGAACAGGAUGAGUAUAAAAUGAACACGGGAAGUAGUGGAAACAGCGGAAGCAGUGGAAUCAGUGGAAACACCGGAAGUAGCGGAAACUGUGGAAGCAGGGGAAAUGAGGCAAAGGGGCAAAAUGUAGAAUAUUCUGGGAAUGAGAAGGUGGCCUUCAGCCUAAGUAACAUGCAGAACGAGGUAAAUAACACUGACCCCCCCAUGUAUAUCUAUAACAAACCCUUUAAUGAAAAGACACCAACCAAAUUUGAAAAUAUCUGCUAUUACGACAUGAACGAUGUAAGUGGAAAUAAGCUGAAUGAUUACAUUUCGAAUAUGCAGGUCAUGAGAGACACCUUCAAAAGCAACCAUUUAAGUAACAUGGGUAGAAAUAGUUUUGAUAUGAGUGUAGACGUUGGUCCUAUGAGUUACGAGGCGGUAGCCCGGGUGAGCGGCAUGAACAGCGUAAGCAACGUGGGUAACCCCACCUGUAUGAACGAUUUUGACCAUAUGAAGAAUCUAGGAGAAUGCACCGAGCUACAGAAAAUAAUGGAAAGAAAAAUCGUUAAGGAGAUAAGUCACCUUGCGGAUAAGGGAAACUCCAGCUACAUAAAUUUCAUGAAAAGGCGCGCAGAGGAUAAAAAUUUAAAUAGUUUGAAUUGUGUAGACAUGGACUGCCACCAUAAGGGAGAUCUCUACGCUUCGGCUAGUGACGAAUCUGUCCUUUUGAAAGGUCAGACUUCAGGUACCAACCAUAAUAUAUUGCACAAUGCCAGUGGGUUGAACAUGGGCAAUACAAUGAACAACACACAUAGCGUGAAUAGUACCAGCACGUUGAGUAAUAGGAACGGGGUUGGUUGCACAGGCAGGGUUAGAGGGAGUAGCGACCUUAGCGGGAUAAGCACCCUUAACACGGCGAACAGCAUAAGUACUGUGAGCAACGUGAGCGCACUGAGCAAUAUGAGUGCCCUCAGCAACAUGAGCGCCAUGAGCAGCAUAAACGAAAUGAGCAGCAUAAACGAAAUGAGCAGCAUAAACGGAAUGAGCAGUAUAAACAGAAUGAGCAGUAUAAACGGAAUGGGCGGUGUAAGCGCACUGAACGAUGCCAUCUCGCUAAGCAACAUGAACAAUUUAAGUGAGGACGCCAUCAACCUCCACACCAAUCGGAUAGAAAACAAAGUGAGGAAAGAAGAUCCGUACUCGAUGACGCAAGGCGAAGCAUCCAAGAACACAGCUGGCAUAAACGAAGAAAUAAAUAACGGACCAAUUGUAUACAAUGAAAAAUUUAGCUCUGACGGAAUGACAGAGAAGAAUUUUCCUUACCCAGUGCAAACCUUUCCUGUGGCAGAAUUGAGUAAAAAAUAUAAUCGAAAGGAUAACGGAAAUGGCAUGAACAUUCAGGACAAAAAAAAAAAUGGAAAAAAUGAUGCGAAUGAUAAGAAUAUCUUCCUCUCGACACACUAUAACAAUAUGAUUAGUGAAAAAGGACACAUGAGUGAUGUGAGUGAAAAUGUCUACCGUGACAGUGUCUGCAACGAAAGAACAUUGGAGGAUGCAAAAAAUGGAAGUAUAGGCAACGGUUUUAUUUAUCCAGUCAAGAACAAGGAAAGUAAAAAUCAUUCCAUCACAAAUGACUAUUUAGACAAGCUCUAUAACGUAUCCGUGGACGGAGAGAACUUAAAUUAUGUAGCAAAUAAGAACAUAGAAAAUGGGGCUGUCGUCAAUAAUCUCCUCUGUCAAGCGUCCGAUUAUUAUCAUAAAAAAUUUCUGCAUAGCGAAGAUCCGAAAAAUGUAGGUGCCUACCGUUCCAUGGAAAAUUUAAACGUAAGUAUCAGUAACGGACUAAAUGAUAAGGGACCGAACUGUAACGUGAACAACGUCGAGCAAAAACUCUCUAAUAAGGGGAAACGGAGUUAUAAAAGGGCCACGAAGAAACGCAACGCCCCAGUGGAAAGUAAUGCGCAACCGACCAAUUCCAUACCGUGUGAUAACAACAAUGAGAAGGAUAAUUACACCAAUUCUAUAAAUGAAGAAAAAAACUUUGACAUAAACAACGUCAAGAUAGAGGGUGGGAACAUCAAAAUGGGAGAACUGAACAUAAGUGAAGAAGAAUUAAAUAAAUUGCUUCUGAGCAUUAAUUCAAAUUUUACCGGCAUGAAGGAAAACGACGAAUUGUACACAACUCUUUCAUUUUUUCAGAAAAAAAAUAAAAAAAUGAUUAAAAUGAACAAACCAUUUAAGAGAAAAAGAAAGCUUAAAAAAAUUGCUAACGAGGAAAACGAGAAUCCAGGUCAAUGUCAAGAGGGGAGCACUGACAAGUCAUUAGUAACACACGACAAGAACAAUAACGAGCAGAAUGAAAGCUGGAAGCCAGGUUCAAUGGACAACGCAGAACUUGUAGGAAAAAAUAAUUUCGCUAAGGGAGACUCUGCGAAGCGGAAGCGGAGCGUCCACAAGCGUAGUCACAAUAAAAGCACAAGCGUAAUAUUCGAUAGCCAAUAUAAGGAGCUAAUUUUUACGCCUCAUUUGACGGAUGAUCAGGAGAAUAGCAAUUUCGUCAUCGGGGCUAGUGCCAUCUAUCGAGACGGUAACCACGAGAAUAUUAUCAACGAAAAUGGAGUACACCACCAGAGGCACGGUUCUGGAAAUUAUAAAAUUGGAAGAUCUUUAGGUAGAGAAAAUAUAAGUAGCGAGAGUGUUGUAACUUUCCCGGCGGAUGGCAAUGCUACUGCGGAGUACACGACGCAGGGGGAAGCGAUCAAGGGGCCCAAGCGUACUGCCAAGAGGAGGUACAAAAAAUUACGAGUGAAUGAGCACGCACAGGUGCCAAGUACCAACACCGACGGUAACGGCGGAAGUAACGGAGGAAGUAACGACGGAAUUAACGGCAGAACCAACGGCGGAAGUAACAACUACAAGAGCAACCUUUUCCCGAGCGACAGGUGCAAUAGUUUUCCCAAUCAGAACCCGGGGGGGGGCAACAAAAUAUACGACGAACUGAACGAAUCGAAUCGCGCUAGUUAUAGCGACACUGUGCGCAUAGGCACCGCUGAAUUGUUCGCCAAGCAGGAUGAUAUAUUUAAGAAGGGGACAUUUUCCUGCGAUUCGGUGAGCAGCAUAAAAGACAACCACGGCAACGGUAACCACAACGGUAGCGGAAUUAACAAUAUCGAACCGCCAAGCUCCGGCAUGAAGAAGGGAAGUCAGAACAUUUCUCGCACGUAUUAUACAUCAAGCAAUCACGGAAUUGCACACCUGUUUUCCUCCUAUGAGGAGUUACUGAGGGGCGAAUUAAGUAGGACGUUCGAAGGUAACAUGAAAGAAAAAGUCCAGGAGGACCCCAACGCAGCGAACAACGAUAUUGUGAGCGGAAAUUGCAUCAACAACCUUGGGAGAAGCGUUCAAAAUGACCCCUCCAGCAGCAGCAUCAUGAGCGGCAAAAUCAUCGGGGGCAACAUUAACAGCAGCAACAAUAUAAUAAACGAUACCGGUGGAAACGGAAACGACGGGGUCGGGGAAAAGAAGUACGUCAAGAGAAGGGGGAGAAGCAAGAAGGUUAAAGGCACGCAAGACGAUAAUACCAUCCAGAAUGGUGAAGCAGUAAGCGAAAUUCCGAGGAAAAGAAGAAGCUAUAAACUUAAAAAUAAAAGCGGUACCUCCAGAAGAAGUAAACAAAAUGGAGAAGCAGGGGGCAUUUGCCUGGGUAUUCCCAAUCUUGAAAAUAUGCCUCCAGAGAAUGAACCCGUACGCUUAAAGCGUAGCGGUAGAAAGAAGGGCAGCACGAAAAAGGGAUUCAUUUCAGUGAAGCAAGAGGGGAACAAUGAAUGCAUAUGUGAGAAUAACUUCCACUCAAAUGUGAUGAAGAUGUGUAAAACUGAGAUGGCCUACGGGAUAGUAAAUAGUAGUAUGCCAAGUGAAGAGCCAUGUGGCGUCAUAGAUCACUCGAAGGAUGAUCUGACGGCGGAUCGUGUGAAUAUUAAAUUGGAAGAAAUGCAUGGAGAUGCAGAUUCAGUCUUAUGCUCUGCGGGGGUUAUAAAUGAUGCCACUGUCUAUGAAAACGCAAAAGUGAUUGUGGAAACAGAUUUUAAGUUGAAGAGGAAGCCCAAAAGAAGCGUGAACUUAUUUAGAGCUCAGAAAAGUAAAUCCGAAACAGCAUUCGAAAAAAAAAUAAAAGCAAAAAUUUGCUUAGAGGAUUACUACAAAAGGAAUAAAGAGAUAUACCACGGAAUAGAUCCCUUAACGUCCAUUAAUGAUGUGAACUUACCAUCCAUUGAGGACGAUUCCUUUAGUGACAACUUAACAGCGCUUUUUAAGAAAAAGAAGAAAAAUUUGAUAUGCUCCAACUGCCUCUAUGCGUUUAAAAUUCAGAUAAGUGGAAGGAAUGAGUUGGUGCAGGUUGCAGCGACGGGGGAGGAAGAAGCUGACGGGGAUGGUCCUGAAAGGGGUUCACCAAAUUGUGCACAAAAUGAUCCACAUGAUGGUGCACAAAAUGAUCCACAAGGUGGUGCAGAAAAUGAUCCACACGGUGGUGCAGAAAAUGAUCCAGAAGCUGCCACACAGAAUGGUCCAGAGAAUAACCAACAAAGCGCUACAGAAAAUGGUCCAGAGAAUAACCCCCAAACUUCUACACAAACUGGGCCGGAGACUGAACCACAAAGUGCUACACAAAAUGGCCCCAUAAAAAAUAACCAAAGCGACAGACGAAACGAUGACGAGAGUGCCCACACGAUUAUCGCCCCUUGUGGUCGCGGCAACCAAUUGAGAGAAAAGAAGGGCGAAGAAGAUGUGGCAACGAGUGCAUCAGAAGAGAAGCAAAUGAACCCACCGAAAAGUGAUGACCCCGAAAUGGAUCAAACACUGGAAGCGAAAAACACGAGUGAUGUGAAGGAAAGCCUAGAACAAGACCCCGGCAUUAUUGAAAAAAUAAAAAGAAUAAAGUACCUCAAAAUCAGUAUGUACAAAGAAUUAGUAGAAGAAAACCAACUAGUGGAAAAUUAUUGUAAGAUCACAUUUUACUGUCUUUGCGGUUAUUUUAAAUGUAUCAAAGAGGAUAAUGAAUGGAAACAAAUCACCAACUGUUAUUCCGAUGAGAAGAAUGAAAGGAAACCAAAGGCACCCUAUAUAUUCUGCACAAAGUGUAAAGAAUUGCUAGUAACAAACAGAUUUCUAGAUAAAGAUAAAACGAAAAUUAUUAUGAUAUGCGAAUGUGGAAGUAGAAACUAUGACAGAACGGAUUUGUUUUGGUCCAGAAGAGGAAACAUUAAACAAAGAAAAGCACCUCAGAUAUUAUGUGAUGAAUGUAAUUCCAAAAUGUGGGUACACACAUGGCUUGAUGACAUUGGAUCGAAAGUGAAAUUGUUAUGUAAAUGUGGUUUUAAGAAUUUUCUUAAAAAAAAUAAUAAUUGGGUUAGAAGUCCAAGGUGGAAAAAGCCCGUCCCCGUAAUAAUUUGUAAUUCGUGUCAGCAGAAAAUGUACAUGAGUCAGUGGCUAAACAAUGAUGGAACUAAAGUUAAAAUGAAAUGCGAGUGUGGAUGGAAAACUCUCAUCAAAGAAGGAAACACAUGGGUUAGAAGUGAAUGGUCCAAAAAAUUACUAUGCCUCAGAUUAGUAAAAAAUCCAGAGCUUCUACAAAAGAAAUAUAACCUACAUCCUCGUAAGAAAAAUAAAUCGGAUGAAGAGGAAUUAUCCGAUAGGGACAGCCUCAAUGGGUUGUCACUAAUCAGGAAUGAAAUUUUCCCAACAUUUUCUCCCAGCGACAUAACGAUAAAUCACCAUGAUGCUAUUAUCAACGAAUUGUAUAAUCCGAACAAUUUGGAAAGUUGCCUCGAUGGCGAAACUAAUGAUGCACUUAACCAAAUGAGGAGCUCCGAUUCGUUCAUGCUUUCCGAAGCGACCGAAGGUCUAUUACUUGCUGAUGAAAAUUACAUAAUUAGCAACGGCAACCGUGGUGUUGAUGGCAGUCCGAAUGAUGCACUGUUCGUUUGGGGCGUAGAUAAUGACACAACCGUGGGACAGGUAAUUCCCUACGAGGAUGUCGUUCUGAACAAGAAACCUCGCGCACGCAGUCAGAGAGGGGGUCGAGGUGGUGGCAAUCGGGCUAGAGGUAAUGUGCGUGGUGCCAGCGUUGGUAGAGCAAAAAUCAUCAGCUCUAACAUUGAUAGUGGCAACCAUGGCCCCAAUAACCCUGUUGGCGUACCCCCUGACGGAGGAGAUCUCUGCGCAAGCGGAAACGCAGGUAACGACAGCGAAGGCAGCAACAACACAGGCAGCAACAACACAGGCAGCAACAACACAGGCAAAAACAACACAGUUAACAACAACACAGGCAGCAACAACAGAGGUAGCAACAACAGAGGUAGCAACAACAGAGGUAGCAACAACAGAGGUAGCAACAACAGAGGUAGCAACAACAGAGGUAGCAACAACAGAGGUAGAAGAAAACCCCGCGGCGCCAGGACCCACUUGAAUUCUAAGAAAAAGGGGCAGAACGACAGUUCCGCCAAGAUAAAGGACUACCACAUCACCAUCGCGGAAACGGGCGACGGUGCGUCAAACUCCUAUAAUAAUGUCCUAGAGCUAAAUGGUGAAAUGGAUGAAGGGCUUGUAGGCGUUUCUUAUAUUACAAACAAUUACGAACAAGGGAACACCGAAAGGGACACGGAGUUGAACAAAAUAUCCCCCUGUACUAAUGGAAAUGCCAAAAAAAGGGACACGAAUAAGGGCCCAAAGAAAAAACCAGGAAGACCGCCACUUAACAAGAAGGAAAAGAAGGUGAAAAAGACAACUGCACGUGACAAAUUGAAUAACGCGGAAAAUGCUUCGAUCGCCAAUACAAUGACUGCCGUUACAUCCGGUGCAUCAGUUGGUACGACAACAGCAGCCAUGACAACUACCGCGACGACGGCCAGUACCACAGUUAUGUGCACAAUGCUGUAUGAUGAAAGUUCCCCGACUAGCCAAAUAUAUCAAAUUCAUCAAUCGAACGAUGACAUACUGAUGGACAACAUGGUUAAUAAAAACGGAAGCGUAAUAAUUGAAAGCAUAAUUAAUCACCCGGAUGAAAGACAAAGCCGGAACAGCGAAAAGUUACCAGAGUGCAACACGAUUAACAGUCGUGCGACACUCGAUUGUUACGAUGUAAAGUAUGCCAAUGAAGAGGGGAAACCAAGUAGCAAUGUUGGAAAAAUGUAUUAUCAGAAUCCCUAUUACUAUCUUAACGAUUACUAUGAUGAUUCUUAUGAUAAGGGCUAUUUUAACCAACCCGUCGUAGCGCAAUUUGGCGAAAAUAGCAACGGCAAUAGGAGCAGUAGUAAUAACAAAAGCGGCAGUGCCAACCGUGAUAGCAGCGGCAGUAACGGUGGUGUGAGUAGUACGGACUUGUACGACGCCUACAAUAUGACAAGCAACACGUACCAUCAUCUGAACAAGGAAUACCCCGUAAACUACGACAUGAACGCGACUACAGAUCCAAUGACGAAUAAAAAAUUUGUGGAUAAUAAAGACAGUGCAGAAGUUUUACCCAUCGAUAUAAAUUUUGAUAAGAAGAAAUUCAUACAAGAACAUGUGAAGAAAUUAAAUCUUAGUAUUAGCGAAAAUGAUAUGAAUAUCCUUUUGGAGAAUGUGGACGAGAAUCUCCUAAUCGAGACGCUUUUGGGAAAAUUUGUUGACAAGUCUGUAAUGGAAAAUCGAAAAAUGGAUGACAGUGAUAUGAACCUGAAUGAGAAUUAUACAAGCCAUUUGGGCGGAGACAGUGGAUUCACGAAUAGCGGCUAUAAUUCGCACGAACUUAACCAAGCGCAGUUUAGCCCAAAUGAAAUGUGCAGCGAUAACAACAUGUCUUCGUAUGAUAACUACGCGGGGAAAAUGUUCGCAAAUGGGGCCUACCAGAGUGGUUUGUAUCAGAGUGGCGUUCACCAGAAUGUGCUGCACCAAAGCGGGUCUCUCCCGAGUGGGUUAUACCAGGACAUGAUCGAGCACCCGUUUAGCAAAAACGAAUCUGUGGAAGGCGAGCGGAGAGAAAGUGCCCCCAUCAGUAAGGACAGCAUCAACUACGUUGUGAUGGAAAACAAGGGCGACAAAAAGGAAAUUGAAUGUAAAAAUAUGAACAUGCUGAAUGGACUAAGUGGGGUUGAUAACAAGUUUAACGUACAUAUGACAGAGAGAAAAGGCCACGACAUGGAGGACUCCAUGAAUAAAAAUGUACGGAGCCAAAAUAUGGCGAAUAAAAUUAUGGCCAGCAAAAAUGUGGGCAGAAAAAAUUCGAUGAAUAGUGACCCAUGUAGAAACAGUCACCUAAGUAGCAACUUUGGAUAUUCGAACGAAUUGAUGGGAAAAAAGGAUAAGUACAACUUGGAGGUUAACCUGAAUUUAGGUGAACAUAUAAACGUGAAGAAUGUCCCCACCGGUUGCGAAUUGCGUAGUGGUGUCAAUAACAACAUGGGCGGUAACAUCACGGGGAGCUUGGAUCCCCCCGGGUUUGAAAACGGUGUGUAUGAAAAUGACGCAAAUGGUGGCAGUGGUGGCCUUGGUGGCGGCAGCAACGGUAGUGGCAACAAUAAUGGCGAACAUAUGGCGGCUGCAAAAAAUGAUGAAUUGCUAAACAUGUGCAAUUUGAACGAAAACCUCCAGUACUUCAGCAACGAAUUUAAAGGCGUCCUCGCGUACGUCCUUUCGGAUAAAGCAUCAGAUGCGCAGAAGGAAAUUUUCCAUAAUUAUCUAAAAAACUUAGUCAGCAAUUUUUGCAACUUCGCAAAUAAAGAGGAUGAUCUGACAAGUGAGAAGCAGCAAGGCUAUGACAGUACCGCACUCUCAUGUGAAGAUGAAAGGAGAUAUUUAAAAGAUAACAAGGUGGAAAACAACAAUCUGCUUAAGGAUCUACUAUUACCCAUUUUUGUGAACGAGGAGGAGGAAAAUGCCACGCCCAUUAGGAACAACUUGUGCAGUGAGUAUAACUUAUAUGAAAACAUUCUAAACAUGACAAAAAUGGAUGAAAAGAUCAAGGGUGAAGAAAUGGCUGCUACUCCAUCGUACAAGCCACAAAUGAAUGACAUGAGUCAAGACACAAAUAACGUGAGCGACAUGUUUUGUGUGUAUAAUUUUAACUCAGAUAGUGAAGAAAAGGGGUGUGCACAUGAGAGGAAGUACAAAGUUAAUGAUUUUAUAACCGUCUGCACAAACUGCAAUGAAUAUCUUAAUUCGAAUAUGGAUUGCAAAAUUGUAUCUCCCAGUAUUUUGGAUAGCAGCAACAACUCCUCAGUGCAGAAGCUGAAUGCGAACCAUGAGGACUUUCUUCUACGUAACAGUGAAUUAAAGAACUAUGAAAAUUUCUCCGCUCCAAAAAACGACAUGAAGGAUUACCACGGGGAAAACCUGUACAGCCAUCUAAAAUUGGAUAACAAAAUGUUGCUGAGUGGUAUCCAUUCGCAGAACGGGGGAAGCGUAAACGGCGUCAUGAGUAACGCGAUGAACGGAACGAUGAACAGCGUCGAGAGCGAUGCCAGGAACAGCAUUAGCAACAACAGUAACGACAGCGGCAGCAUGCCAAUUAUGGAGAACGUGGAGGACAUUAACCACCUGUACAAUCUGUACAGUGAGUAUUACGUAAACAAUACCGUCAUUGAUGAUAUCCAGAUGAAAAAUAAUUACAUGAACAAUCUUUUUUUUCAAGAUCAGAAUAACUACUCCGCUGCUAGCGAUAACUGUACGAACAAUCAAACCCCGCCAAUCAAGUCCGAAAAUUUUUACUUCAGUGAAGAUAACAACUACCUUAGCGAUUCCACCACGUACAUGCAUGGGAAGAGUACCGCCAAUAAUGUAUUGCCAUUUAAAAAAGGAACCUACGAAGAAAAUAAUUUGAACAAUAAUAAUAGCGAUGGGAAUUAUCAGGAGGAUGACUAUGAAAAUUAUAUCAAUUCGGAGUGCAACAACAAUUCUUGCUACAACAUAAUUCACACCUGA